AUGGUGGCCUGGAGCAUCGCCCUGCCCGCGCUGGCGGCCACGGCGUGGAUCCUGAUCGGAUCCCUGCUGUCCGUUCUGGCGCCGGGCCUGCUCCUGUCACUGGGCCGGCACGCUGCCGCGGCCAGGGCCCACCAGGGGGCCGGUGCUAAAGGCAUUGCGGCGGGAUGCGGCGAGCCCGAGCGAGCUGCCGCGGACGCGCAGGGCGCAAAGCUGCGGAGGAAGGAAGAGGCGAACCCUGGAGGCGAGGACGAGUGCGGCGUGGGCGCCUAUCGCGGCGCCGGAGCGAUUUCGGCGUUUCUGGGCACACCGGAGUUAGCCGAUGAGGAGGAGGAGGAGGAGGGCGGCCUCGAGGCGCCGCCGGGGUGCGUGUCGAUGACGCGCCACACGUCCGUGCCGCACGAGCGGCCACGCUUCCAGUCGCACCCCGUUCCCCGCGAGCUGGACCUCUUCAUGGACGCUCCCUCCAACCUGACGGUCGUACUGGAUCUGGACGAGACGCUGGUGCGGUCCUACAGCCAGGACAACGUGCCCGUCCACCUGGAGCUGGCGCGGGAGCUCAUCAAGCUGGAGGUGGACUGCGUGGGGCGGUCGGGUGCCACCAAGGUGGUGUCGUUCCUGCGGCCCGGCCUGUUCGAGUUCCUGGCGAGGGUGUCCCGGCUUGCCAACGUGUACGUAUACACCGCCGGCGACGCCGACUACGCCCGGCCCCUGAUCCGCGUGCUGGACUGCGAGGGUCGCUUCUUCAAGGGGGCCUUCUACCGCGAGGCCACCGUGGCGACGAGCCUGCACGACCACGUGAAGGACCUGGAGAUGCUGGGCGCGGACCUGACGAGCACCGUGCUGGUGGACAACAACCCGUACUCCUUCCUGCUGCAACCGGACAACGGGCUGCUGUGCGAGUCGUUCUUCGGGGAGCCCGAGGACACGCACCUGCUGGACGUGGUCCUGCCGACGCUGCAGCUCCUGGCAAGGGUGUCGGACGUCAGGCCCAUCCUCAGGAGGAGGUAUAACCUUGCGGGAUGGUGCCAGGCGCUGGAGGGCUGGUGCGAUUAA